AUGCCCUUCGUGGAGCUGGAGACGAACGUGCCGGAGGCGCAGCUGCCCCGCGACCUGCCCGCCCGGCUGAGCGCCGCCGCCGCCGACAUCCUGGGCAAGCCGGAGGAGCGCGUGGCGGCGACGGUGCGGGGCGAGCUGGCGAUGGCGAUGGGCGGCUCGGCGGCGCCGGGCGCGCUGCUCUCCGUCUGGGCGGUGGGCGCGGUGGGCUCGGCCGAGCAGAACCGGAGGCACAGCGCGCGCUUCGCCGAGUUCCUGGGCCGCGAGCUGGGGCUGGGCGCCGACAGGAUCCUGAUCCGCUUCCAGCCGCUGGAGCCCUGGCAGGUGGGCAGGCAGGGGACGGUGCUGACCUUCCUGUGAGAGCCGGCAAUAAAGCG